AUGGAUUACCAACGUCAACUAUUAGAAGAGUUAAUGGCUCCCUACGAAACUUCUUCAAAACAUAGCUUUUGGGACGACGCCGUUUGCAAACAUUUUUUGGUCAAGUUUUGUCCCAAUUCCCUUUUCACCAAUACAAAAUCUGAUCUUGCAACUUGCAAUAGGUAUCAAGAAGCACCGGACCACGCAAAAUAUGGAUAUGAGGCCAAAUUCUAUGAUUAUUUGCAAAUGCUGUGUAAUGACUUAGACAAAAAGAUUCGGAAGGGAAACGAUAGACUGAAUCUUUUGAAUCCCAACAAGGACGAAAAGGAAGAAAAAAUGAUUAUCUUGGACGAAAAGAUUAAGGAGCUUUUAGUUAAGAUUGAGGAGGCAGGAGAAGAAGGACGCGUUCAAGAAGCGCAAAGCCUGACCAAGGAAGUGGAAACGAUUCAAAAGGACUUAGAUUUCUUAAAAAACAGCGACGAUUCAAAUCCGUUAUUUAAACAAGAAAGAAGGAUGUUGGUUUGUGAGGUGUGUGGAGCAUUUCUGGUGACGAAUGAUACGUCCAACCGUAUGGACGCUCAUUUGCAAGGAAAGCAACAUACGGGAUACAAACAGAUUCGUGAAACUCUCCAUGAAUGGAAGAAAACGUCAUUCAGCAAUCGCAAGUACAUCAACCGUCUCGCGAUGCGAGUCAUCGUGACUAUCGUCGAGAUUCAUAUUCCCGACACGAACCUUAUCCACGUAAUCGCAGAGAAAAGCACAGAGACAGAGAUUAUCGACGUGAUGAGAGAGACCAUCAAGAAGACUACGGUCGGAGACGAAAUAGUAGAGAAGCUCGACGUGAUCGAGAUGACAGAGGUCGGAGGUACUAUGAUGAUCGAGUCCAGGUAUUUAGAUAAACAUGUUUAG